AUGUCCCAAACGCGCUGGUCAGCUAGAGUGGACUGCAUUAAGCCAUUCGCAACCCACCUUCCUGGUAUAAUCAAAUCAGUAGCUGAUAUAAGGAAUCUAAAUUUGGCUAUAGAAAAUCGUGCUGAUCUAAAUGAGAUUAUUUCAUAUAUGGAAUCGUUUGAAUGCAUCCUGAUGUCCGCUAUAUGGUUCAAAGUACUUACUGCUAUCAAUUACACCAAUCUUGUUUUGCAAGCACGGAAUGCUACAUUGGAUGUAGAAGUGACCAACAUCAAACGACUAAUUGAUGAAUUAAAAACUCUUCGAGAUAAAUGGGAUUCUAUUAUGGUGGAGAGGAAUAUCAGUAGACGAUAUGAAGCUGCAUAUGAAAUUGACGAAACUUUUAACUUUCUCUGGAAGUAUAAUCAUUACGAAGAGGAAGAAAUUCGCCGAAGGAGUAAGGAUUUUGUGAAUAAAUACAAGGAUGAUGUUUCCAUGGAGCUGAUUGAUGAGCUUUUGCAUUUGAAAUUUAUCCAUGAUGUUAACAUCAAAAAUGAUUUAGACCCCUUUCUUCUUCUCAAUAAAAUCAAUGACCUGAAACUUAUAUGUCUUUUCCCCAACAUUUGUAUUGGCCUGAGAAUUUUUUGUACAUUACCAGUUACGGUAGCACAAGCUGAACGGUCUUUUAGCAGACUGGCGCUUAUAAAAAAUGAUCUAAGAUCAACAAUGACGCAAGGUAGAGUUUCUGGCUUGGGAAUUUAA